AUGUCGGCGAGCUGCCGCUUCUGGAUUCACCAUGGAAAGGGUGAGUCUGGACUGCCAGGGCCGUUGGUGAGGGGAGAAUAUAAGAAAGGCAAUGAUGUCUUCAAUCUCGGGGAAAGUGCGUCUGCCAAACCACGCAUCAACUUUUCACCUCGUGAGAUUGCAAUCAUGUUCCUCCAAGGAUUUCUACUGCUGCAGUGCUUGAUAGUACUUUUCUAUCGAAUCAACCCCACUACCGCUGCACCACCCCUCCCUAAUAUCCCAAGGCAACUGUCCGACUUACCGGAGGACAAUUGGCAAAAGUAUGUGCGAGCCCCCAAGAGUAAAGACAUCAAGCCAGUCAAGAUCGUCUCUUAUAAGGGCAAUGUAACGAAUCCCAAUGGUCUUCUUACCGGAGAAGGAACAAUCCUGACCAGGAAGGCAACUGCAGGUGGUAACGCAACAGCAGCCGGUAGACCCAUUAUUGAAGCUCCGCCUGAGAUUGUUGUCGAUUUCGGACUAAACCACCCGGGUUUUCUUUCCAUCGACUUUGGAGGAGCUGCCAAUUUCACUCCUGGCUAUCCAGGAAUCAGACUUGCAUUUUCGGAAACAUUACAAUGUCUUACUAACGUCAGCGAUUUCUCUCGAUCAGAUAAUGUAUACUGCCAUCACAACUCCUAUUCAAUAAACUUGGAACUAAGAUUUUCAUAGGGAGAAGAACCAGAAGACAAGAUAACUCCUGGAUCUGAUCAGGUAAGUGGUGAAUUUGAUGGACUCAUGUGAAAAAAGACAUACUCACGUGACCGUAGAUUGCCGUAAAAUCCAAACCAUACACUUGGAAGAAUAUUCAUGGUUGCGAAUUCGAUCGAAAGGUAUGCACAGAUGGGCUCCAUGGAUUCAGAUAUAUGAAGAUUUAUUUGGAUGCGUUGCCUGCGGACGUUCCUGUGACCACCUCGCUUGGAUCCGUCACAAUUACGGGUCUGAGUUUGGAAUACUCCGGAUUUCUGGGAACGCCAGAUACCUUUAUUGGAUGGAUUGAGACUUCGGAUGAAAAUCUGAAUCAAUGGUGGUAGUACGUGUUUAUCCACUUCCUUUCCUCUUUCAGUGUGUUUUAGCCGAGUUUGGACUUUUUUUCUUGCAGACAGAAUCAUAUUUCCUCCCAAGUCUGUUAGAGGCUUUGAUAUUUUCUUGAAGUGUAAAUGCUGAUUCCCGCAGCGAUUCUGCCUAUACCAACGAGAUUACCACAGAUGUGUUUAGGCGAUUCGAUACCGAACCAAGACAAGCGAAUAGCUCAACCUUGAUUGGAAAAUUGGUUCUUCACGAUGGCGCAAAGAGAGAUCGAGAUCCUUAUGUUGGAGACGUUGCUGUUUCUGGAAAGACUACAUAUCUCACUCACGAUACUGCGAUAGCUGCACGAAAUGUACUGGCAGAUCUUGCAGACCACCAACGAGCUGAUGGAUGGAUUCCACCAGCAUCCAUCCGGUUAUACGACCUUCCCCUGAUGGAUUAUCCAUUAUGGUGGGUUGUUUGCAGCUACGAUCUCUACAUGUAUACCGGAGAUGUCGCAUACAUGACUUCAUAUUACAAAAACAUGGUCCUGGUACUUGACAAGUACUACCCAAGCGUCACGAAUCAAAAUACAAAUUUGAUUCAAAAGGGUAUUGGAGGAUCAGAUGGAUAUGGCGAUUAUGCGUUCCUUCCUCGAACUGGUCCAAUAACGUACUACAACGCGCUUUAUGUUAUGGCUUUAAGCAAUGCCGCUACAAUUGCAACUUCCCUCGGUAAAUCUGACGACGCAAAACGAUGGAUUGAUCGAUCAAAGGUGGUAGCAUAUGCAAUUAGUGAGCGAUUGUUCGACACCUCCGUUGGUGCAUUUUACGACGGGUCUUGUGGUUCCUCUCCAUGUCCGACACACGCUCAAGAUGGAAACAGCAUCAGUAUUCUCAGUGGAGCAGCAACCCCUGAACAGGCAAAAUUAGCACUCGAUUAUCUCGCGAAGAAUAACGCUCGACCAUACGGCAACUCCUUCUACGAUAAUGAUUUCUUGCAAGAUGGCUUCUCUCAACGAGUUUAUGCUUUCAUUUCCUACUUUGAGAUCCAGGCUCGUUUUAUGGUUAAAUCACCAGACACAGCUUUGGAGGAAAUCCGAAGAUUAUAUGGCUGGAUGGCUACUCAUGAUCCACAAGUUACAGUUUGGGAAGGGAUCGGUACAAAUGGCUCUCUCUAUGAAGAUGGAUUCAGUAGUCAGGCUCAUGGUUGGGCGACUGGUAUCGUGCCAUUGAUGACGAACAACAUACUCGGUGUCCUACCAACUGGACCUGGUUUUAAUACCUGGAGUAUUAAACCCAUUCCGGGAGAUGUGAAAUGGGCAAAGGGCGUAGUUCCAACACCCAGUGGUCCGAUUACAGUACGAUGGAAUCGUGAUGAUUCGAUUGGUAUUUUCUGGUUGGCAGCAUCUGCUCCGGCAAACACUCGUGGUACUAUAUCUCUUCCUGUUCCUUCUUCGAGUACAAAGGUGUAUUUGAAUAAGGUUGAGGUUACAAGUGCAAGUAUUGCGAGUACAGGAGAUGGAUACGCCACUAUUUCUGUUGAAGGUGGCGAUCAUACAAUUACUGUGGGAUACAAUUAG